GGUGACGGCGUUCUAGGACUCCGAUCCUCAGUGCAAAGCUAAUAAUCCUAGAAAUCGGCGGUGUGUGUGGCACACUCAUCCACUCUGUUUCUGCCUCUCUUCAUUAUACACGCCCAGGAGGAUGAACAAACCCGCUAGAGAGGAUGAGAGCUGCACUUAAUGUCACUUUUUAAACUCUUUUUUUCGGCUAAUGUGAUGGUAACGUGGCUCAUCAACCCCGGGGGAUUUUCAGGAACUUUUUUCACCUAGGAUGCUCCGGAUCUAAUGCUUUUACUAUUUAGAGUUGCCUUUAAAUCUUCAAUAACCGUCUAAAAUGGAUCUUUAAUUUAUGUUAUCAAGUAUAUAUAUUUUAAAAAAACAUUUCAUCUAGUCGAUUUAUCCGGCUAGAAUCUCGCAGAUUCAUUCACGGGCGGUUUACUGUGAACUGGCGCGUUAAAAUGCUACGUAGAGUCUCAGUAGAUGUGCAGAUGCUGUAAUAUUUUAAACAUCUGAUUUAAUAAUCGUAUUUUGUGUUAAAACACAUCUGUCUGUCGCUGUCGUGCUGGUUGGAGUGAGAUUUACGAGCCUCAACCCACCGUUCGCGUGUUUCCACCCACCCUCCGUGAACUUUCAUUUUUGCUGUUUGUGAAGGAGCUUUAUUAGUCAGGACUAGGAAGGUAAGUAUCGUUAUUGUGCUGGGAUGCGGAAGGGAGAGGAGUAGGGCUGGUGGUAAACAUGUUAAGGGUUUAAAGUGAGUGGCUUGUUGAUCAUGUCGUCCAUGGAGGGUGUUUUCUCCUGGGUGGGUGACUGGCAGUGGCUCUGCAUGGUCACUCUCUUUCUGGCCUCUGUUGUCACUUUGAUUAUAUACUUGGUGCUGUAUUUUUCCAACGAACCCCCUCUUGGGAAAACACUUCUCAGUCAUGUGGAUUCUGAGGAAGCUGAUGGGAUUUUAUGCUGGGUGCUGUCUCUGAAAAGCUGGAAGUGUCAGUGGAGAAGAGCCUGGUUCAGGAGCCUCAAUGAAGAAGUUUGUAGAUCACAGAGUGGGAUUCAGUUGACAUUUGAAGAAGAUGGUGUUCAAUCAUCAGAACUGGCCGUGGACCAGAUUUCGAGCUUUACAAAAACACUGGGUCAGAAAAAUGUCCUGUGUCAGGUGGUUGGAAACAAGCUGCAGUUUUCUCUCAGUGCUUUACCAAGCUCUAUGUCUUCAGAAACCCCCAUGAGAUACAGUGUGACGAUAUCUCCACUUCGUCUGCAGCUGGCCCUACAGAUGAAAGAGGUGAACGAGGAGGUGGAGAUUUCCUGGGGGGUGCUUCACCUGGACUCAGAUUUGCAGCUUACACCAAGUUUUACACAGGGAAAUUGUGAGAAUAUAAGCGAGGCUGCUGUGAACGACAAGCUCAGACAGGUCUUAAGUCGAGCUCAAGCAUCCGUAACUCUGAGCAGCCGGCCUGCAGAGUCUGCAGAAGUUAAGGAAGUAAGGAACAAGACCUUGCAGGUGACCUCACCCCCAAAGCCCCCACGAGCUCAUGAGUGGAAAUUAUUAGUGAAGAACAUCCGGGUCACAUGCAAACAGGAGGAUGGUGCUGCAGGCGGCAUGAAUCCCCAAUGUAUCCUUCAAUUGGAUGAUCCUCCUCAGAAGGUCACCAGUUCAGUCUUGACUAACACAUCCACUCCGGCCUGGGACCAGCCCUUCAUGUUUGAGCUUAGCGGCCGAUCAAAAGAGCUGAACAUCCAGGUUGUGGAUAACGGCAGAACUCUGGAGGAUGGUUUGUUAGGGCAGGUAUCUGUGCCUUUUGAUCUAGUGAAGAAACACCCCAAAGGUCAACAGACGUUUUCACUCAUGACCAAAGAUCAAGUGACCGGAUCACUAACUACUGAGUUCACCUACCUGGAGCCCAGCGAGGUGCGUAGCUGGCAGAUGCCCACGCCGGCCCCUAAUAAAAGAGUGGAGAUGGACCGCACUGUGAUGCCCUGUGGGACCGUUGUUACCACUGUCACUGCUGUGAGGAGCAAGCCAGGACGACCUUUAGCACCUGAAUCCAAAUCGCCUUCUAAAAACAAGCUGGCGGAGAGAAGGGUGUCGGAGCAGACGUCCCUACAUGGAGCCAAAGUUAGCAAAGCCCUGUCAUCGUCAGAUACAGAGUUAUUGAUAUUAAACGGGACCGACCCUGUAGCCGAAGCUGCCAUCAGGCAGCUCCAUGAGUCUGCAAAACAAAAGCUUAAAUCACCUGUCAAAAAGAGCACCAUCAUCAUCUCAGGAGUGGCCAAGGCCCCUCUGACACAGGAUGAGGAGAUGACUCUGAUGGCAGGAUACGCAGCUGCGAUGGACGCUUCAAUGUCUGGAGCAUCUGAGGAACCCAGCAGCGAAGCAUUACUCUCAGAAACAGCGGUAGAACCCAGUGUUCUUGAACCCACAGAGUCUCUGGUGGGUGCGAAUGGCACAGACCACGUGGAGGACUGGGAGAGCCAGACUGGAGAGGACCCAGAUGCAGAUAAAACAUCUCUCUGUAUCUCUGAAACGGGUUCCAAAAAAGGAAAAGGCAGCUUCCUGCACAAGAGUGCCAAGCUAUUCUUCAGACGGCGACAUCAGCGAAAGGAGCCAGGGAUGAGCCAAUCCCACAAUGACCUGCAGUACUUGGAGCAUCCCGAGGCGGCCAUGAUGGGCGACCGGGAAAAGAGGACAGCCACCUUCAGGCGCAUCAUCAACCGAAAGCUUCUGCCAAGGAGUAAAAGCAAAACCAACGGCACAGUGAGAGAACCGCCUACAUGAGCUGCCCACUCGGUCACCUUCAUCAAAGCUAAUAGCUUUUGCACCUCUUAAUCUUUCUAACAUCCUCCUUUUCACAUUCAAUCUCAUACAUUUUAUGCAAGUC